AUGGCUGGAAAUGAUUGGAUUAAUAGCUAUUUGGAGGCAAUUCUUGAUGUUGGACCUGGUAUUGAUGAAGCUAAAUCUGCGAAGCAAUCGUCGUCGUUGCUUCUCCGUGAGAGAGGACACUUCAGUCCUACUCGGUAUUUCGUAGAGGAGGUCAUCACCGGGUUCGAUGAGAGCGAUCUGUAUCGUUCGUGGGUUAAGGCGGCAGCCACCCGAAGUCCGCAGGAGAGGAAUACUAGAUUGGAGAAUAUGUGCUGGAGGAUUUGGAACUUAGCUCGUCAGAAGAAACAGCUUGAAGGAGAGGAAGCCCAGAGGAUGGCUAAACGUCGUCUUGAACGGGAAAAAGGUAGAAGAGAAGCAACGGCUGAUAUGUCUGAAGAUUUAUCAGAGGGAGAAAAAGGAGAUACAGUCAAUGAUAAUAUAUCAGUUCAUGGAGAUAAUGCCAAGUCGCGUUUGCCAAGAAUCAACUCCGUUGAUGCAAUGGAGGUGUGGGCAAGUCAGCAAAAGGGGAAAAAGCUAUACAUUGUUUUAGUGAGUAUUCAUGGUCUGAUAAGGGGGGAUAACAUGGAGCUUGGCCGUGAUUCUGAUACUGGCGGGCAGGUUAAAUAUGUGGUAGAACUUGCUAGGGCAUUGGGAUCAAUGCCCGGAGUGUAUCGUGUAGAUUUGCUCACAAGACAAGUAGCAUCCCCAGAGGUAGAUUGGAGCUAUGCAGAACCUACAGAAAUGCUGAGUCCAAGUAAUUCAGAAGGCUUGGUAGGUGAGAUGGGCGAGAGCAGUGGUGCCUAUAUUAUUCGUAUACCAUUUGGUCCAAGAGAUAAAUAUAUUCCUAAAGAACUUUUGUGGCCACACAUCCCUGAAUUUGUUGAUGGUGCACUUAGCCAUGUCAUCCAGAUGUCUAAAGUUCUUGGGGAGCAGAUUGGUGGGGGACAUCCUGUCUGGCCAGUUGCAAUCCACGGGCAUUAUGCUGAUGCAGGGGAUUCUGCUGCACUGCUCUCUGGUGCUUUAAAUGUCCCAAUGCUUUUUACUGGCCACUCAUUAGGUCGGGAUAAAUUGGAGCAAUUGUUAAAACAGGGUCGGUUGUCAAGGGAUGAGAUAAAUACAACAUACAAAAUAAUGCGCCGGAUAGAGGCUGAAGAAUUAGCCCUUGAUGCCUCUGAAAUAAUUAUAACGAGCACAAGACAGGAAAUUGAAGAGCAAUGGAGAUUAUAUGAUGGGUUUGAUCCUAUCCUGGAACGUAAAUUACGUGCUAGGAUAAAGCGUAAUGUGAGUUGCUAUGGCAGGUUCAUGCCCCGUAUGGCGAUAAUCCCCCCUGGAAUGGAGUUCCAUCAUAUUAUUCCUCAUGAAGGUGAUAUGGACGUCGAGACAGAAGGAAACGAGGAUCACCCUGCUCAGCCAGAUCCACCUAUCUGGUUUGAGAUAAUGCGUUUCUUCACUAAUCCUCGUAAACCUAUGAUACUUGCCCUUGCUAGACCAGAUCCAAAGAAGAAUAUCACAACUUUGGUCAAAGCAUUUGGAGAAUGUCGGCCACUUAGGGAGCUUGCAAACCUUACGCUAAUUAUGGGUAAUAGAGAAGGAAUUGAUGAAAUGUCAAGUACAAACUCAUCUGUCCUUCUCGCAGUGCUUAAGCUUAUUGACAAAUAUGAUUUGUAUGGACAAGUGGCAUAUCCUAAACACCACAAACAAGCUGACGUUCCUGACAUCUAUCGUCUGGCAGCAAAAACCAAGGGUGUUUUUAUAAAUCCAGCAUUCAUUGAGCCAUUCGGACUUACUCUAAUCGAGGCAGCAGCUCAUGGUUUACCUAUCGUUGCUACAAAAAAUGGAGGUCCUGUGGAUAUACAUCGGGUGCUUGACAACGGUCUUCUUGUUGAUCCACAUGAUCAACAGUCUAUUGCCGAUGCUCUUCUGAAGCUUGUUGCAGACAAACACCUUUGGGCUAAAUGUCGGCAGAAUGGUUUGAAGAAUAUUCACCUAUUUUCAUGGCCAGAGCAUUGUAAGACGUAUUUAUCAAAAAUUGCUAGUUGCAAACCGAGGUAUCCACAUUGGCAAAGAAAUGAAGAUGAAGAUGAUAACUCAGAAUCGGGCUCACCAGGUGAUUCAUGGAGAGAUAUACAAGACAUUUCUCUAAACCUAAAGUUUUCAUUAGACGGAGAGAAGAGUGGUGGAACUGAUAAAUCUCUUGAGUCUGAAGGAAACGCUGCUGAUAGAACAAGUAAAUUAGAGAAUGCUGUAUUGAGUUGGUCAAAGGGUGUUUCAAGGGAUACACGAAAAUCAGUUGCCGAAAAAGCUGAUCAAAAUGCAAAUGUUGGCAAGUUUCCAGCAUUGAGGAGGAGGAAGCAUCUCUUUGUAAUUUCUGUGGAUAGUGAUAGUAUUACAGGUCUCGUUGAUACCACAAGAAAGUUGUUUGGGGCAGUGGAGAAGGAAAGGAGUGAAGGCACCAUAGGGUUUAUUCUCUCUACAUCGUUGACCAUAUCUGAAGUAAAUUCAUUUCUGGUCUCAGGCGGCUACCGUGCUAAUGAUUUUGAUGCAUUCAUUUGCAAUAGUGGCAGUGAUCUUUACUAUUCAUCCACAAAUUUAGAAGAUGAUCCCUUUGUGGUUGACUUCUAUUACCAUUCGCACAUUGAAUAUCGAUGGGGUGGGGAAGGGUUAAGGAAAACUCUAGUUAAAUGGGCUGCUUCAGUUUCUGAUAAGUACGGUAAUACUGAGGAAAAAAUUGUAUCUGCAGCUGAACAGCUUUCAACAAAUUAUUGUUACACUUUUAAUGUUCGGAAGCCUGAAGUGAUUCCAGCAGUUAAGGAACUCAGAAAAUCGCUAAGAAUUCAAGCUCUGCGUUGUCAUGUUGUUUAUUGUCAGAAUGGAACCAGACUAAAUGUAAUUCCAGUGCUGGCAUCUCGUUCCCAGGCCCUCAGGUAUCUUUAUGUUCGAUGGGGCACUGAGCUUUCAAAAAUGGUUGUGUUUGUCGGAGAAAGUGGGGACACAGAUUAUGAAGGAUUACUUGGUGGAUUACACAAAAGUGUUAUUUUGAAGGGUGUUUGUAACGGCGCUGUCAACCAGCUCCAUGCUAACAGAAACUACCCCCUUUCAGACGUCGUUCCGGUCGAUUCUGCAAAUAUUGCACAAGCUUCUGAAGAGGCUACCAGUGCUGAUAUUCGAGCUUCCUUAGAAACCAUUGGACUUCUCAAGGGGUAGAAAAUUUUCUAAUGCUUGCAUUGCAACUCAGCUCUUCCUGGUACCUUUUUUUUUUUUUCUAAUUGUCUUUGUGGCAUUUUGGCCAAUGGUCAUUAUAAAAGUGGAAAGAGGAAAAAAGAAAAAAGAAAAAUGGUGAAAUAACACUUGGCCACCUUUUGUUGGGGAUAAAAAAGGAAGCUGAAUCUCAGUUGUGUGCAGUUUUUUGGUGUAUUUUUGUCAUUUCAGUAUCUUCUUAGCUUUGCUGCUUUCAUGGUAGCUGGCCAAGACCUCAGAAUAUUCUCGACUUGAUACUGUAAAAAUGAAUGAAAUUCUCUUUCUUGGGGUAAGUUUAUGGUACGUACAUCAGAUUAUGUA